CCGCCGCUAAAUUAAAGCCGCACUUCUGGCUACCUGCUCAUAGAGAACAGCCCACCGUCUGAUUCGCCCGUUGAUGAUCUAUCGAUCGGUCAAUCAGUCGAUCGAUCGCCAUGCUCCUUACGUCGUUCCACCGGGCAGCAGCCAGAGCGCCGCUUAAGGCGUGCAGGACUGCAAUCUGGACGCAGCAAUAUAAGCGCACCUCUUCUUCUUCAGCCAGCACCUCUUCUUCUUCUGCCGCUACCUCAACCGUUCUGUCGGACAGGACAUCAUUCAAGAGCAUCGAAGAAUUGAACGGCCCGAGCUUUCCGACGUCGUUAUACUGGUUUUUCAUCAAAGGCUAUUUUGAUAAAGUGCACCAGUUGCAGAUUGAACACAAGAAGAUCUACGGCCCAAUCUGGAAAUCCAAGUAUGGCCCCCUCGUGGUGGUCAACGUGGCAUCAGCAGAACUGAUAGAACAAGUGAUCAGACAAGAAGGCAAAUACCCAAUCCGGACAGACAUGCCGCACUGGAGGGGAUAUCGGGAACUGCGCAAGCAGGCAUACGGACCCCUGACUGAAAUGGGGCCUGAAUGGCAGCGGAUCCGGAGCAUCCUGAACCCCAAAAUGCUCAAGCCGAAGCACGUCUCCACUUUUUCUCCUGCCAUUAACCUCGUGGUGACGGACUUCAUCCAGAAGAUCGGCUGGCUGAGAGAAAAAGAGAACGGGCUUAUGGUCAGAGACAUGGCGAGCGAGCUUUACAAGUUUGCCUUUGAAGGCAUUUGCUAUGUUCUGUUUGAGACCAGGAUGGGCUGCCUAGAAAAAAUCAUCCCGCAGGAGACGCAGCAGUUCAUUGACUCGGUGGGAGAAAUGUUCCGACUGUCCCCAAUACUCGUACUCUUCCCCAAGUCUGUCUGGCCGUACCUUCCCUUCUGGAAGAGCUUUGUGGCGACGUGGGAUCAUCUGUUCAAAGUCGCUAAAAGGCUGAUCGACACUAAGGUGGUGGAAAUUAAGGAGAAGAUGGAGAAAGGCGAGGAGGUGGAGGGUGAAUAUCUCACUCACCUUCUCAUUAGCCAGAAGAUGAGCGUCGACGAGAUCCUGGGAAGCAUCACCGAGCUGCUCUUGGCCGGGGUCGACACGACCUCCAAUACCAUUUCAUGGGCCCUGUACCAUAUGGCCCGGGAGCCAACCAUUCAGGAGAAGCUUUGCGAUGAGGUCAACAGGGUUUGUCCCGAAGGUCAGAUACCGCAAGCUGAAGAUCUCGCCAAGAUGCCGUGGUUAAAGGCCAUCGUUAAAGAAACUCUGCGGUUGUAUCCCGUGGUGCCAGGAAACGCCCGGGUUGUUCCGGAAAAUGAAACAGUGGUCGGUGAUUACUAUUUCCCUAAAAAGGUACAGACUCUGUUUCACCUCUGCCAUUACGCCGUGUCCUACGAAGAGGAGCACUUCCCUGAUCCCCCAGCCUUCCUGCCUGAGCGCUGGCUCCGGGGUGGAGACAAGAUGAAGCAGCACCCCUUCAGCUCCAUUCCCUUCGGCUUUGGCAUUCGUGCCUGUCUGGGCAAGAGAGUGGCAGAGCUGGAGAUGUACUGCCUGCUGUCCCGGCUCAUCAGGCACUUUGAGGUGAGGCCUGACCCUUCUGGACUCAGUGUGGAAGCAAAGACCAGGACGCUGUUGGUUCCCAGUUCUCCCAUCAACCUGCAGUUCUUGGACCGCCAAUAGCCAUGAAUGAGGCCGCCCACCUUCCUCCUUUCUUUUGAUUCCUGGGCAGACAAAGCUGCAAAUGGAGGGUUUCACAGCUGAUAAUCCAUCGAUUCAGGACUCGUAAUUCUUUUUCUUGCUAGUGAUGUCCUUCAGCCAUCAGUUUCUUGCACUUGUCCGUCUGUCCCACUAGCAGUGUGGUCAGGGCAGGUGCACUGCCGAGAUGGACACCCUUUUCAUUAGAUGGGUGGGUGGACAGCAUGAAUAAGCAGACUUAACACAGAGGACAUCGAGGUGGGGGCCCAAGCCUCCUUCGUUCAGUGGUUUCUUAGUCCCGCCAAGGUAGCUCGGAUACGAGGCAGUCAUGUGAUCUGCUUGUGCUCAUUUCUCAUUGUGGUCGUCAUCAUGGCUGACCCUCACUCUUUUGGACUGCCCUGGUUUGAAGUUUCAGCCACUGAACGUAUUCUCUUUCUGGUUGAGGCUCAUUGAUGUUCUGGUAACACAAUUAUGAAUGUGGACCCCCUUCAGUUUCGUCAUCUCCUGCUGUUAGCUCUCUAAUCCUCAAAGAGAAGCCCAGCAUAAAGGCAGAAGAAGAGCAGAAGUGCAAACAUAAGCAGUGCUGGGUUGACAAAGAUCAGAAGGGUCCUGUCCUUCCUUUCUGGAUCCCUAAGCGAUACCCUAAUUUGAGGGCCCCGCCAACUUCACUUCAUAAGCACAUUUCAAGGACAAUCAGGAUGAGGGGGCCCCCACAGAUCCUCGGGUCUCCAAGAGGUCACUUAGAUUGUUUUCACUAAGAGAAGACCCCACUGUGAAGAGUCUUACAGUGGCAGCAUGCAAGACAUUGAUAAGCAGCCAUUCCUACCACAGGCAUUGAUUUUAACGAGGUGGCAGCCAUUGGGGGUAACUGGAGGAGAAGUCAUGGACUUGGUAAAAAGAAAGUGGAGCCCCAGUUUGGUGAAAGGACCAAAGAAGAGGUCUGUGUUAAGCCUCAGAAUGUGGACAAGAGAGAACCUGAACAGAGGGCACCACAUACAGCAGGCGGAUAUACGUAAAAUGGACCAAUGGAAGGGCGACCCUCCGUCUUAGAAACCAAGCCGAGAAACCAAUUUUGUUGCAAUUUCAUUUUCUCUCCAACUUAAUAAAUGUAUUUCGGUGGCGUUCUAAUGGUUUCCUAGAAUUCUGAGGCAAGUAGAUUUCAUUUUGCAUUUUCAAAUCGAUUUUGACUUGCUGGAUUUGUUUUGUUGCCUCACUUGUUUAUUUUACAUUCUGCCACACCAUUCUUGGUGGAUUAUGUGUGUUAUGAAGCUGCAGAAAAAAAUGUCCAAAAAGGGGGUACAAGAGCACCUCAAAAAUAUCAUAAAAAAACAGGACUUAACUAAUCUGCCUCAGAAAUAGGCCUCAUCCCCAGGAAGCCUCACCCUAAACUCAAAAUGGCAGGCUUCAAGGCCUGCACAGGCCCCAAGUGGGACUCAUACUUUUAAAAGUUCAAAACUACUUUUAUACUGCAGUGGACCGGCAUCACAAAGCAUUUCAGUUUGCAGAUCUGCACUGUGGUGGGCUGCCAUUGGUCAGUCAUGAACCUGCAACCUCUGAUUGAGAGGAGAGUUCCUCACAGCUAAUAGGAGGACUCCUAGUCUUGGCCAGACAGAAGCACUUCUGAACACUGCAAGUGGGGCACUCCAUGGUGACAUUAACGGAGCUCGAGCUCUCCUUUAGUCCCCAAAGCGUCUGUGCAGUGCCACCACUACGCUCCACCCAUCCACAGUGCAAAUCCUAUCUUCGUCGACAGCUGCCAUGGCAGGGGGCACUCACAUCACACAUCAUCUCAGUUUGAGGAUUUUCAUUGUGGUCGGUUGUGAACCUGCAAUGUCUGCCUCAGAAGCAGGUUCCAUACAGCGUGAGCUCAGAAACUUGUGAUUACUCACCCAAAAUGGCCUUUGUUUGGAGCUUCAGCCCGUUGUUGGCUUUGUUUCUAAGAAGUUCAAUUCUUCUCAUGCAGAUCCGUGCCAACGUCAACUUGGUCCCAGCCAGAACUUCACUGAGAUCUCCCACAUACACAUGCAGAAGCCACCCAGAGCUGUCAAGCGUGGACUCCACUUUCCGCUUUCUGUGGAUUUGGUCCAAGUGGUCUGGUGUCCUUCUUCAUCCAUAAGAUGGAAGCUUAUGAUAUUUAGGACUUUAGACUGGGCCAAUGUGAUUGACUCCUUCCAGGGGUGUCUCCAGAUGUGCUUGUGUGGAGAACUGGGCACUGGGUGAGCGGUGACUUCAACAUGUCCAUGAGAACACUUGGCUCUCCUUAGGAGGCUGAACACGAGGACAUGUGUGGUCUCCAAACAAUGGGGAAUGAGCUCGAGCAAACUGAAAGGAGCGGGCAUCCGAGACACGGUGUAUAGGUGGUGUGUGGGGACCUAAUUCCCUAAUCCAGAUCUUCCAAAUUCUCAUAGGCAUCGAUCACAAAGAGCCAGCAGAAUUCUUUGAACUUAACAGUGAAUCACAUCCUGGAGAACACCAGCAGAUAUUUAGGGAAAGUGCAUUUAGGACUGAAACCAGCAGAACAAAACACCAAGUCCUGGAGUUGAAGCAGAAACCCUGAGAACCUUCAAGAAGAAUCUAUAGGGGACAUUGGGACAACUGAACUAAAAAACAAGGGGUCUGCUCUAGUUUGUUAAAUCUCUUAUGUGGGCACAGAAUCGGCUCAGACACAGCAACACGGAGUUAAGGGAGGAGAACCAUCUCAGAAUUCAGGGAUGUUCAAGGUGGUGUCCUGCAGGGGGCAGUGUUAGACCACUUCACUUAUUAAUACAUAAAUGAGCUGAUGAGAACUUUAAGAACAAGAAGACACCAAACUGGAGGAAGGGACAGAGGGACUUGGACAGCACAGAGGAAGAGCAGAUCUGUGGACAAAGAAGUUGACUGUAAGCAAACGUAAAGGACAACAUGGAGGAAGUGGGAAGGUGGGGUCUCAGUACACAAUGGGAGGUCUGAAACCAGAAAGUACCCGUUAUGAGAAGGACCUGGGAGUCAUAGUGGACUGGACUCUACCUACAUCAGGGCAGUGGACAGAAAGCUAUAGGGUGUUGGGUUAUAUAGCGCCCUGAUGUGUGGAGUACAAGUCGGUGAGGUUAUCCUUAAGCUGUAUGAUUAAGUUUCACAUAAAGUCAAUUGGGAUUUUCUAACGUC